AUCGCAGCAAUCUCACCCAGAGCACACCGACAGACGAUCGCCGAGCAUGGGCAAGCACAAGAACAGAAAGCGAUUUGGGCGGCCGCGGGCCACGCCCGUUGCGCCGUCCGACCAGCAGAUCGCAUCGGACGACACCAUGGCAACCCAUGUCAACCCGCAGGAUGUUGCCCCGAUCCUCAAGAAACUCAACCGACACGACAAAUCGGACGAGCGGUCGUGGGCUGCUGCCGCCAUCUCGAACCUGGUUCAGGACCCUGCCACCCUCAAAGUCCUGCUGUCGGGGGGUUUGGUCUCGGCCCUCAUCGGAGCCCUGAGUGACCCUCAUCGCGAAGUCGUUGUCGAGGUUACCGGUGCCUUGAGGAACCUGGCCGUCGUUGGUGGCGAUGAUGUCUGCAAAGAAAUGGUGCGCAAGGAUAUCUUGACACCACUACUGGCCCAGAUUCCUUUGCUCUCCGAGUUUCUGACUCGAAUCGUCACCAAGGCCCCCUCGGAAGGACCCGAGGACGAUGUCAACCGAAAAACCACGAUCGACUGCUCUGAACAGGUCAUCUCGCUGGUAUGGUCGCUAUGCGAAUCGUCGGACGUUGCCGUCAACCGCGUCACCCAAAAGUCGACCCUUGGCUUCCUCAUGGAGAUUUUGAACCCGGAACACGACUUCAUCCCGAGCCUGGUCCAGGCUGCGGGCCAGUGCCUGAACACCAUCACGGAGGAGAACCAGCCCUGCCACAUGGCGUUCCAGGCCAAUCCGCGAUUCUGCGAUCUCCUUGCUGCCAUUGCCAACGGCGACAUUGAACACUUCAACAAUUGGGACGAAAACAGGAUACAGAUCCGGGUGCUGGCUGGCAGCAUUCUGUACAAUGUGCGCGAUGCUAUCAAGGUGCAGCCCCUCGAUCUCUGCAAGCAGAUAUUCCCGGCCAUCUCCACGACGCUCGACUAUGAUGUCAACCGCGCGAUCGAGUUGGCCUGCAAGGCGUCGACAGAGAUCCUGAGCGGCGAGGUCCCCGAAGAAUCGGGCAAAUACGUCCGUCUUUCGUCCAAGAACGAGAAUUUGAUGGUUCUGCUGGAGGCCCAUGUUGCCACUGUUCAGCUGGGAUUGGAGCUGCUCGCCAAUAUCUGCGCCGACGAUAUCCCGGAAGAGGAGAACUGGGAAGAGAUGGACGCUGCCGAGGAGGAAAACGACGAGGUCGAGCUCGACGAGGAUCUACAGGACGUCAUUGCUUCUGAAUCGCAACCGGCCGAGCCCGAGAACAACGAACGCAACCACCUUCUGGACCAGUUCAACAUUCUGCCCCGGGUCCUGAAGCUUGCAUCGGGCUUUGUGGUUCCCAUCACCAACGAUAUCAUCAGCUCCUUUGCCUCCGAGUUAGCCCAGCUGCAGUAUCGCGCGCUCGGAUGCCUGAACAACAUCCUCGACAAUGUGCCGGGCCCGUGGUACCAGUCCGAGGCACCCAAGCAAGUCUGGAUAUGGCUUUUUGAUGUUGCCAAUCGCGGCGCACAGCAGAGCGGCCCGAAGCUGGAAGGCUCGGCUCUCGAGCUCGUGGAGGCAUGCGUCUCAGCGAUGUGGGCGCUGCUGCGGGGACUCAAAAAGUCCAAGGCCGAUGCGAAUAUUGUCCCUACGGAAGCCCAUGUCGGUGCUCUGAUCCACACUGCUGGCGGCGACGUCCCAGACUCUCUCAAGAUCAAGUGCAUUGGCGUCCUCAGCAUUCUCGGACGAACGCAGGGCCAGAUCGAGCUCAACAAGACCAUCGGUAUCUUCUUGGGCAACACCAUCGAGUCCUCGUUGUCGCUGGCCGUCGCUGCAGAGUGCCUCGAUGCCAUCUAUGACGUCUACGGCGACAAGGCCUACGACUACGACGGCCCUGUGUUUGUGCAGCUCGGUUUCCUGAACAAGCUCAAGCAGCUUCUACCGGUGCUCAAGGCCAAGGCCAAGGCCCUCGACAAGCGAAAGAGUCGGGAUGUCCGCGGCCGCAUCGACGAGGCUCUGGUGAACCUGCGACACUUUAUUCUGUACAAGGAAAAGGAGCGCAGAUAGCAGAUUGCGCUGCGUGCGACUCUCCAGAGGGGGCGGGCUGGUGAGCGCUUGCCUUGCUCCGUCGAUCCGUCCCUCCGUCCGGGAUUCUAGGAUCCUGUCCGCAAUCAAAUGGACCUCUUGCCUUGAUCUCUGCCUGUCCUUGAUGGAAUAUACACACCGCCUAUCGCCCGCUGUGGUCAAACACAGCACUUGAUCGCUGGUCUGACUGAAUACAUGGUGUUGGGUCGAACCUGUCGUGGCGCAGGCUGGACGACCG